GCAUGUGAUCACUGUCGUCAGUUUCAGAAUGUGGUGAUUACCCCAGCGCCGAGCAGAUCCGGAGCCCGAUGCGGUGGAAGGUGGCUGGGGUUCUGGGGGCAGCUGGGACUAUGGCUGAGAGGGAGCCGGGACCCCACACUCUCUGCCUGUUUGACGUGGAUGGUACCCUGACUGCAGCCAGACAGAAAAUCACACCCGAUCUGGAUGAGUUUUUCCAGCAGCUCCGGACGAAGGUGAAGAUCGGCGUUGUUGGAGGUUCAGAUUACAUUAAGAUUGCGGAACAGCUGGGGGAAGGAGAGGAAGUCAUUCACAAAUUCGAUUACGUCUUUGCUGAAAAUGGAACAGUCCAGUACCGAGAUGGAAAAUUCGUCACAAAGGAGGUUAUUCAGAACCAGCUUGGUGAGGACUUGCUGCAGGAGCUGAUUAAUUUCUGCCUGGGCUACAUGGCCCUCAUUAAACUGCCGAGGACUGACUGGGCCUCUGUCCGAUCCACGUAGGGUGGAAACGAUCAUGAGAUCUUCCACGAUCCCAGGACAAUCGGACACACCGUGUCAUCCCCAGAGGAUACAGUCCAGAUCUGUAAGGAGCUCUUCCUGUAGGAAUAAACUGUGGACACAUCCUGUCACUCCCGGAUCUUGAGCCUGGGAAUUCUGCUUCUGGAAUUCAUGGAGGGGCAAACAGAAGUGCAGGUUCCCCUUGCCCAUUGGUGA